UUAUGUUCUGAACCAGCUGACAACAAACACUCCCAGAUUUCAUUAGUUUCAAUUUUAUUUUAUUUUUUGUUUUUUCUGUCUGAAAAAAAAAAUAAAAACGGAGCUUUCUCCUUUCUUAUUUUUCUCUCUUUUGAUGAUUCUUAAGCAUAAAUUUUCGAACUUUAAGCUAUAAAGAGAGCAAGAAGGGGAAAUCAAGUAGAACUAGAGCUUUAUUUAGUUGAAGGUUCAGUUUUUGCUGACGAAAAAUUUUCUUCUUUAUAUUCCCUUUUUGUUAAUUUGUGAGAAAGGAUAGACAAAAUGAGCAAUACUCAUCAGGAAGCUAUAAAGCAAUUUCUGUCUUUGAUGGGAAAUGUUGACGAGAAAUUGAACGACACAUUUCAGAACAUGCACCAUGGGUAUCCAACUGAAACUCUAGCGCGGUUUCUGAAAGCGAGAGAUUGGGAUGUUCAGAAAGCCUAUAAAAUGUUAAUUGAUUGCUUACAAUGGAGAAUACAGAAUGAGAUUGACAACAUAUUAUCAAAACCAAUUAUUCCCGCUGACUUAUAUAGAGCAGUGCGAGAUUCUCAGCUUGUAGGAUUAUCUGGUUACUCAAAAGAGGGUCUUCCUGUCAUUGCUAUCGGUGUUGGGCUUAGCACAUAUGAUAAAGCAUCCGUGAAUUACUAUGUACAGUCACACAUUCAAAUGAAUGAAUAUAGAGAUCGUGUAGUAUUGCCUGCGGCCACACAGAAGUAUGGAAAACAUAUUAGCACAUGUUUGAAGGUAUUAGAUAUGACUGGCUUGAAGCUUUCGGCAUUAAACCAAAUAAAGCUACUGACUACUAUAUCAACAAUUGAUGACUUAAAUUAUCCAGAGAAGACGGAGACAUAUUAUAUUGUCAAUGCACCAUACAUAUUUUCGGCAUGUUGGAAGGCUGUAAAACCUCUGUUGCAAGAAAGGACGAAGAGGAAAAUUCAGGUGCUUCAAGGUUGCGGAAGGGACGAGUUACUCAAAGUAAUGGAUUAUUCAUCCCUCCCACAUUUUUGUCGAAAAGAGGGUUCCGGAUCAUCACGGAACAGAAGCAAUGGAACCAUAGAUAAUUGUUUCUCAUUAGACCACUCCUACCAUCAACAACUUUACAAUUACAUAAGGCAUCAAGCUAAUCUUAUAGAGAGUGGUAGGCCAAUCAAACAGGGAUCAGUUCACGUAGAAUUUCCCGAGCCAGAUCCAGAAGAUACCAAGAUUGCAAAGACCAUCGAAUCUGAGUUUCAGAGGCUUGCAGACCAAAAUGGUAUUUGCAACUCCCUAAAUGGGCUUAAAGUAAAUGGUGACUAGAUCCUACGAUACUACUGAUUUCAUAAAUUGUUGCCAAUAUGUUACUUGAGAGUCAGCACUUUGACCGGAAAAGGUUAAAUCAACAUUAGAAUGAGAGGCUUUUUGGUCUUUCAAUUAUCAAAUGUAAUAGCAGAGCUUUCUUGCAUCGGGUUGAAUCCGAUGCUGUUUUAGCAGACAGCGACUAAUUUGAUGUAACUCAAUAUGCCACCUUCCCAGGGUGGAUAAUAGCUCAUUAUUUUACCAAAUUUUCUGUAGGAUGCAUGGCAUUGCUUCUGGAAUAAUUUUCUUGUCAGCGUUCUCUGAAUAUUUGCUCAAACAUAGUUGCUUUAAUGGGGAAAUUGCUGCUUUGAGGAAGCACCCAUUCUUACA